GAAUAACCCUCUAUCCGGAGACCGGAGACGUUGAUCUUGAUGCCUGUAUAUUCCCCUCUCUUUAACAACCUCUCAUCUUACUAAUUUCAAUGGCGUCUGCUUCAUCUUCUGCUUCUCUGCUAUAUCAUACCAGCUGCUAUGAUGUUUUUCUAAGCUUUAGAGGUGAAGAUACGCGUAAUUCUUUUACAGAUCAUCUGUAUGCGGCUUUAGUACGAACAGGACUUCGCACUUUUAGGGACAAUGAUGAAAUCGACAGAGGUCAACAACUCAAGCCUGAAAUUGAGAGAGCUAUUAAAGAAUCAAAAGCUUGUAUAGUUGUCUUGUCUGAGAAAUAUGCAAAUUCCAGAUGGUGCCUUGACGAGCUUGUGUUGAUCCUUGAGCAAAGGCGGAGCUUUAAUCAAUUUGUUUUACCGGUUUUUUACCAUGUCGAUCCGUCGGAUGUUAGGAAUCAAAGACAAAGUUUUGCGAUAGAUGUAGAUGAAAGAGCAGAAAAGUUAAAAUGGACCGAGUUUAAUGUCAAUCGAUGGAAGACAGCCCUUACCGAGGUUGCUGAUUUGUCCGGCAUGGUUGUUUCGGGGUCUGAAACAGACUUUAUCGCAGAAAUUGUUGGUACAAUCAACUCUGAACUAGAUUCGAAACUAGUUAGUACUCCAGCUCAUCUAAUUGGAAUGGAUUUGCGAGCUAAAUUUAUCAACUCUUGGUUGGAAAAUGAGCAAUCUGGAGAUAAUGUUUUAGCAAUUUGUGGCAUGGGAGGCAGUGGCAAGACAACACUGGCCCAGUUCAUUUAUAACUCAAACAAGCAAAAAUUUGGAAGCAACUCUUACCUUGAAGAGAUCGGAAAGCACUAUAAACAGUCUGAUGGUUUGCUUGGGUUACAGAAACAACUUCUCUCAGACAUUCUAGGGGAAAAGAAUGCAAGUAUAUCUAGUGUAUCUGAGGGUACAAGGAAGGUUGAAGAGGCCUUACAAGUGAAAAGGGUGCUUAUUGUUCUUGAUGACAUUGAUGAACAUGAUGAAUUAGGUGCUUUACUUGGAACAAGGGCUUUUUAUACACAAAGCAAGAUCAUAAUAACAACUAGGCUUUUAGAUAUACGUGCAUGGUUUGGGUCCAUAUCUUGGAGUUGCCGGGUGCAUGAACUUGAAUUGCUGAAUGAUCAUGAAUCAUUAGAGCUUUUAAGUUACCAUGCAUUUGGAUCCAAAAUUCCCAUGGAAGGUUUAAAGGAGCUCGCAGUACAAUUAACAAAGUAUUGUGGUGGAAACCCACUAGCUCUGAAAGUACUAGGUUCUUCUCUAUUUGUUGAUGCGGAAAACCCAAGCAAAAGAAGUAACAGAAUCGAGAUUUGGAGAAGUACAUUGAAUUCACUGAAUUCAUUGAAAGGAGAUCUUGAUUGUAAAAUCCAAGGUAUACUACAAAAGAGCUUUGACUCAUUGCCACAUGCCAGUAACAAAGAGUUGUUUCUCCAUAUUGCUUUUUUCUUUGUUGGUGAAUACGAGGGUUAUGUGGUAAAGAUAUUGGAGCAUGACUGGCAUGCAAAGGCUGGGAUCGUGACCCUCACUAACAAAUGCCUUCUUACCAUCUCACCAAGUAAAAAACUGAUGAUGCAUCAAUUGCUUCAAGAGAUGGCAAGAAACAUAGUUCUUCAGGAGUCCAGAGAUCCUGCAGCACGUAGUAGAAUCUCGCAAAAUGAUGAAUCUUAUCGUUUGUUGAGAAAAGGAGAGGGUUCGAAAACAAUUGAAGGUCUAGCACUUGACAUGCGAAAGCUAGAGGAAGGGAUGACAUCAAAUCCACCAACCCUUAAAACAACUUCACUUGUAAAAAUGGACAAACUGAAAUUGCUCAAGCUCCGAUAUGUGAGACUCACGGGGUCCUACAAAAAUUUUCCAGAAUUAAGAUGGUUACACUGGACUAAUUGUCGAUUGAAAAAAAUACCCUCUGGCUUAUUGGGGAGCAGCUUGGUGGCUGUAGAUAUGAGCAAUGGAUGGUUGAAGAAGUUUGAACCUCCCAUGGUUCUUAAUUCACUGAAGAUCCUCAAUCUUAAAUGGUCGCUCAAUCUUGUCAGUGUCCGCCAUCUUUCCCGACUUCCUAAUCUCGAGACUUUGAUUCUCUCGUACUGUUUCAGUCUCAGUGUGACUCAUGUUUGUGAAAGCAUUAGAGGUCUUAAGAAGCUUUUUCUACUGGACUUUGGAGGGUGUAAUCAACCUGGAAAGGUUGCAUCAAAGCAAUUGCAAAGGCUAAAAGCUCUAUGUACUGGUGGAGGAAUGCCACAACCGUUGUUGGUCCCAUUGCCAGACUCAUUAGAGUUUCUGUUUCUCAAUGAUAGCAACCUUGAUAUAAGCCAUGAUGAUCCAUCAUUUUUAAGUAAACAGUCAUCAUCGUUUUACAAACACAUGAAUUUUGGCAGUAAUCCGUUAAUGCUUCUGACCAAUUACACUAAUCAUAAAAUGCUUCGGGUGCUCGAUGUGAGUGGUUGUCCAAAUAUAGAGUCCCUCCUAUGUCUCCCAAGUACGCUAGAAGAGUUGUAUACUUCUUGGUGUUCUUCAUUGAAGAAAAUAACAUUCGAAUCUGCUAGGUUCAGAUUGCGGAAAUUUGAAUAUCUAGGUUGUGAAAAGUUGUUUGAAAUUCAAGGCUUUUUCAAAUUGGUGCCAUUAGCAAAGCUUGAUGAAGCAGAUUUGGGACAUAUGAAAUGGAUCAAAGCAUAUCAACAUACUAGGGUUGACCUUGCAGGUGAUGAUGUCAUUAGAUACGGUUGUCAUAUAAUGGUGUUGUAUGAAUACGGUAUAAUGAGCACAUAUCUGGCAGGCAUAAAGGAUCAAAGCAUGCCAAUGUCCAAGUAUAAGUCAUCAUCCUCGUGCUUAUCCUUUCGUGUGCCUUCUUGUCCUGAGAAAUUCAGGAUCCAAGGGUUAAAUGUAACCGUGUCAUACAGACUAACAGGCACAUCACACAAGGAUAAAGAUACAUGGGCUUUAUUCACCAAAGUUAGCAAUAUAACCAAGGGCCUUACUUGGAUGUAUAACCCUGCGAUCUACUGCAAACCGGGAGUAAAAGAUGUUGUGUGGUUAAGCUAUUGGCCCAUUGGGAACUUAUUAGACACUGGAGAUGAAAUCAAUGUGUCCAUCAUUGUGGGGGAUGGAUGGAUGGUAAACAGGUGUGGUGCCAGCCUUGCGUUCAUAGAUGAUGGUGAAGAAGAGUUAGAAUACUACAAAAAUUACAAGAAAGAGGAAGAAGUUAUUGGAGGAGAUCUAUCUGAAUUUGAGCUCACUACAGGAGCCUACUAUCUUUGUCGUCGCGAUUACUUGGAGUCAACCACCCAUGAUUGGUUAAAUAUAUUACUUGGUGAUACCAUUCCUCGUAAUUAUAGAUCCUUAUAUAACACUUCCAUAGACUUACGCGGAUGGAGAAAAUCUUAUCAAACAGACUACGGGGCAUCAUAUAUGGCGCGUAGAGCUUGGAGAGGUGACGCUUUUUCCGAGAAGGAUCCAACUAUAUACUUUUAA